AUUUCGUCGUCGUUUGUUUGGUACAGCAUCGAAAGUUUAGUUUCUUGUAUUUGGUUUUUCUAUUUACAUUUCGAUCACACAGUUUUGAACAUUUUACAUAAUGAGUAAAAUUUCCAAGUUUUUCAAAGUAGGGUCGACUUCGAAAAACCGAGGUCCGACCACUCAAGAGGCGAUUCACAAACUCAGGGAGACUGAGGAAAUGCUAACUAAAAAACAGGAGUACCUGGAAAACAGAAUACAACAAGAGCUAGCCACUGCUAAAAAGCACGGUACCAAGAAUAAAAGAGCUGCUUUACAGGCACUAAAACGAAAAAAGAGAUUCGAGCAGCAGCUGGCUCAGAUUGAUGGAACAAUUUCUACCAUCGAAUUCCAGAGAGAAGCGUUGGAGAAUGCAAACACAAAUACAGAAGUGUUGAAGAAUAUGGGAUAUGCAGCUAAAGCCAUUAAAGGAGCGCAUGAGAACAUGGACUUGGAUAAAAUUGAUUCGCUUAUGCAGGACAUUAAUGAGCAGCAAGAGGUUGCACAAGAAAUCUCAGACGCCAUCUCCCGACCAGUUGGAUUUGGGGAACAAUAUGAUGAGGAUGAGCUGCUGGCUGAGCUGGAGGAGUUGGAACAGGAGGAACUUGACCAGAACAUGGUUAGCAUGGGAGGACUGCCCAGUGUUCCAUCAGCAUCUCUGCCAUCUAGGCCAGUUUCCAAGAAGAAGGUGGAUGUCAAUGACGACCUUGACAUGGAACAGCUGGCAGCCUGGGCAACAUAAUUCGUUAAAAAAUAUUUACAUGCUUACUUACAAAAGACUACGUUGUAGAUUUAAGUAUACUGAACAUGUUGUAGUAUUGUGGGUUUUUUUUUUACUUUGUAUUGAGGUGCUUUUGGGGAUUUUUUUUUUUACUGUUUUUCUGGAGUGAAAAACUUUUUUUAUUUAAAAAAAUAUAUACAUAUAUAUUUUAUCUAAACACGAAGUACUUUUUUUCUAAGCUUGUAAUCGACAAAAACCCAGCAUUCAUUGACAGCAGAGGGCCUGAUGACUUAGUAACUAUAAUAUUACAACCAAAUAUUGUUAAUAUGGUGUAAUUGUUCUUUACUUUUGGAUUAGGUUGAUAAACCUACUCUGCAUUGCAUUUUAAUUAUUGAAGGUCUUGUAUCACUUUCAAGGUUGUGUUGCACAUGAAUUAUAGGACAUACUUCUGAAGAUGUACAGCAUGAUGCCAGCAUGUCUCCUAAUAUUUGGAGAUUUUAUAUUAAUUCAUUCACCAUUUAAGUGACUGUUGUUGGGUUGCAUGAAGUCUUGUAAGUGUAGCAUACAAGGUGAAAAACAUCUUGCUCAAAUAAUCUCAUUCUUGUAUCUCAAAGCUCACAAAAUGACACUAAGUAAUGUGCUGAAUAAUAUAUUUCUUAUUACAGGUGAUUUCCUCUUUAAAUGCAAUGCAAUAAUAUAUCAAAUGCAUUGUGAUUAUUAACUCUUGUAGCACCUUAUUGUACUGCUUUUGAAAAAAAAAAAAAUAAACUUGUAAGGACAAUCACCAGAA